GUGGGAUUAGGCUGCGUUAACAGUCUGGCUGACACCUUGUGCAAAGAAUAAGGUCUCACUGUCUGAGGGAGAAUACAUGCAUGCACUUUUUUCCACAGAAGACAUUUGAGAAAUGAAACAACAACUUAGACUUUGAAGAUUUCAAAAUUACACAGGUUACCAAAAAACACAAAAACCCUCCCCUUUUGAAAGACUGCAGGCAUUUUAGUUAAUGUCUAUGUGGGAGCUAUAUGGAAAAAUCAAUUCUGUCCUCUUAAACUGGUUUCAUAGUUUUGGUUUUCAUCUAUCUACAGAGAUCUGAAAAGUCUAUGUUGUUUUGUUUUAUUUUGCUUCUGCAAAUAAGAGAGUGGUCUGAGGAGCAUCUGUCUAUAAACACAAUAGUGCUGAAGAUGUUCAGAUUCUGGAUUUACCUGCCUUUCCAUCUUCUCGUGGCCAUGUGUUUGUGUCAUUCUAUAAAGGUGCCCACCAGUUCCCAACACAGCUUCAAGAGUGAUCUCUUCAACUGUAAUCAUUCCCUGAUUCUUGUAGAUGGUAAGGAAACCACAGUCCACCUGUUGAAGGAUAUACCUAAAAGGUACUGUUUCAUUCUGGAGGAAGACAGAGCCCCAGCUCCUUUCACGGUAACCGUGACACCCUGUGAUGUUCCCAUUGAAUGGAGUAUACUGGUACAUAAGGCAUCAACAAACUUCCUUGGAAAAGCAGCACGUGGUGAUUAUGACACUCUUGAAGCCACAAAAUCUCAGAAGAUUCCAAAGUUGGUGUCCAUGAUAUUUAACUAUAAAGGAAAUUCUGUGGAGACUUAUAUGGGUAUGUCUUCCUAUUCUGCUUUCUAUAUGCUGGAGUUCCUAUCAAUUGAACGAGACACACACAUUACUGUAUACUUAACAACUGACACAACAUCUGGGCAUCUGUAUCCAGAACUUCCAUUAGAUCCACGCAUAGAUGUUAUCGGUAUUGGCCAUGCAACUGUGACUCUAGCUUGGAAACAGAGCCCAUCGGUCUUAAAGCACAAAGAAAACAUCCAGUAUUGUCUUCUUGUCAAUGAAAAACACAACUACAAGAGUUUAUGUGCAGCUGAGACAGCUAUCAGAUCUUCAGGUAUGAAAUCGCCACCAGCACUAGCUCUUUCUCUCUUUCCAUAUCUUCUAGACCAUCAACAGGUGAUGAUACUGUCCAAUAGUGAAUUAAGUAUCAUCAACAGGGUUAGUAACGGGGAAGUGAGGCAGAUAUGCAUGGGCACCAAGAAUACUUAUACAGUGCCCAACCUUAGACCCAGCACUCAAUAUUACUUUGAUGUUUUUGUAGUCAACCUCCUCACUAAUGCAAGUGCUGCCUACACUGGAACAUUUGCAAGAACUCUUGAGGAACCUGAGCCUAAAGUUAUUGAGCUGAAGGAUGGGAAGGUAAUUCAUCUAACCCUGGAUGGGAAAAAGCAGAAAUUCUACAGCUUGCAGUACCAGGCUAGACACAAGAAGAUCCAAUUCAUCUUUCAAUCUUGUAGUGGCCACGUAGGGGUUCAGAUAACAAGGAAUGGUAAAGUACUGGCCUCAGAAAACAUUGCAGGCUUCAGACAUUUCUCACUGAAGGGAAAGCUGCUGGACACGUAUUUGGUGCAGCUAAGGUCCAUGGACCAUACUAAUUCUUCUGUGAAAGUUCAAGUAUCCUCUCACUUCCACAAGCCUUUCUUCCCACUUCUUCCAGAAAGCUUAAAAAUCAAGUCCUUCAGUAAACUGAGGACCUGCAAUUCAGUCACCAUUGCCUGGCUAGGAACACAAGAGCAGAGCAAGUACUGUGUGUACAAGAAAAGGAUCAAAGAGGAUCAAGUUUGGAUGGAGGUGAGGAGUGCAGACAGGUGCUCAGGGCCCAAAUCCAGACACAACUCUGAGAAAGUGCUGUGCAAAUAUUUCUAUGAUAUAAAUCUACGACGAGCAGUUACCACACAGACCAUCAAGGGAUUGGAAGCAGGGACUCUCUACCUGUUUGAUGUUUAUCUAACUGAACCUUCUGGGAUCCCGGUCAGGUAUCACAGUAAAGUUGUGAAGACCAGGAAAAAAUGUUGAGGGCUUUUCAAUAAAUAUUUUCUGGUAGAUAAAUAAGGAGCAAAAUGAAAAACAUGCACAAUAAAUACCAGUGCUCUGUGCAGUUCAAAAUAUAUUGGGGCAUAACACACAAUUAUUAAAGCUGCAAGAUUUGUGGGGAAAGAAUUUUUUCAACUGUCUAGAAAAUUAGGCUCACUCUGGCAUCUUUUUUCCAAUAUAAGCUUCUCUCUCAGUUGUCUCACAUUGACAGCAAAAACAAGACUAAAACAAAUAGAGACACUUGGAAACAAUGGAUUCACCCCAUGACAUACAAGAAAUCAGCCUGGAGUGAAAUGAACUAAAAUGGACCUGAAAUCAAAUUCAUGUUGUUAAAUACCUUUCAAGGAGUAUUGAACUGUUACUUUAAAAUCUAAUGUUGUUUUUUCACUUGGCAUACCUCAGUAACUGUCAAUGAGGGACUGAGCGAUACCACCAGAAUGACUAUCUCUGACAGAUUGACCGUUCCCUGCCAGUUGAGAGAUUUGCUUGUGAAGGCAAAUGGACAAUGGACUGGUAUUGCUGCAAAGCAUCUCUCAUGCACAAAGGUGCAAGACUGAUAAAAGUGGUGGAUCGGGUGUCCAGCUGCUGCAGCUACACAUUCUAGUCAACUGCAAUUACAGGAGAUUCUCAAACAACCACAUCACAAUUACCUGCAUAUUUGAAUUGCAUUCAUUCCUGUGGAGAAGUUAUUCUUGUUUAGAGAUGGACCUGACUCAGAAAGUUUGGACCAGAAAUUGGAUCUGAAUUUCCCCAAAGUUGAGGGUGUUUGAAUACAGUUUGCUGGUUCUGCCCAUAUAGAGAAAGACCUGAGUAGGGAAGUCUGAGGAGAAGGAAGAUAGUUCUGAUCCAAACUGUUCUAGUUCAGGUCCAUUGCUACUCUUGUUUGGGUUUAUGUAUUCUAUACAUACAUAUACAUUGUAUAGACAAGGUGCAUCAUCUUUGAAGCUUUCUUGCAGCAAGACAUGGAGGGCUGAAAACAUUAUCACUAAUCCUUCCUCCUCCCCACAUAGAGAUUCGCACAUGCUAAACGCCCCACUGCAUGUAUUAUUUUACUCUUACAAUGGGAUACAUGAAUUCCCACCCCAUAAUUUCUGACCCUGGCAAACACCAGCACUGUGCAGAACUGCAUGAGGGCCAGUUCCCCACAAGAUCACGUUCUGGUUUCCCUUCCCACCGUGCCCACACGCACACAAUCCUACGCAGGCACCUCAAUGUGAUAGGCUAAUUCCUUCCUUCCGUGCAGCCCCAACACAGCCUAUUUCAAAGAAUGUGUUGCUUUUUUAAAAAUGUGAUUUUUCCUAUUGAGUAGCAUGAAGUAGUAUGUCUGUAGUAAAACCUGACAAGCACAGGUGUUUUUAUUGUCUCUGAUUCUCUGAUUGUCUCUUUUAAAUUUUGGAAAAGGCAAAGUAUGAGGAAUAUUUUGAAUAAAAAAAUCCCCUCAGAAAAAAAAAUCUUCAUAAACAAUUAUGCUGUUUCAUCACCUGCAGAAGAGAUUUUUGAACACAGACACUUGGCAGAUCUGGAUUUCAUAUAUAAAGUAAUGUAAAACAUUAACAGACCCAGAUAUUUCUGAAGAAAAUUGAUCUGCUUUAUUUGUUUUUCUCCAAAAUUACACAAAGCCAGGUGUAAGUGCGUAAUUCUAGUCCACAUGUAUUUAUUGUACAUUGUGCAUGCUAGUACUUCCUUUACCUUACUGGAGCAUCAAGGUUUCAACUUAUUGUUCAUUAUUAUUAUUCAUAUUUCAACAGUGCUCAGAGGUGCCAGUCAGCACUGGGCCCCACUGUGCUAAGUGCUGUACAAACAUAUAGGGCAUGUCUAUACUUAAGGCUAAAUCGGCGCUGCUGCGAUAGAUGCGGAGGUGUCUAUUUAGCAGGUCUGGAGAAGACCCACUAAGUCGAUGGCAGAGUGCUCUCCUGUCAACUUCUGUACUCCAGCUCUCCGAGAAGCGUAAGGGAAGUCAGAGGGGAAAGCGUCUCCCAUCGACACAGAGCGGUGUAGACACCACUGUAAGUCAACCUAUGUUACAUAGACUUCAGUUACGUAAGUUAUGUAACUCAAGUAGCAUAACUUAGGUUGACUUACAGCUGUAGUGUACACCAGCCCAUUGUAUGAAACAGUCGCAGCUCUGAAGAAUUAAUGUAGUUUAAGACAAUACACAAGAGUAGGCAAGAGGCACCUGCCCAACAGCUUCCUUGUGGUUCCUGAAUAUGAAUGCCAAUGCCAGCCCCCCUGCUUGCUGCAAGAAGGGGGAGAGUCCCCGGCACCUCUGUGGGAUCAGCUGAAGAAUCAUGGCCCUACACUCCUAAAACACUGUGCAGGAAAACAUCUAGGGAUUCUGAGCAACACAGAACUUUCGGGGCCACACACCUAAGGGUAUGUCUACACUGCAAUUAAACACCACAGCUAACCUGCGUCAGCUGACUUGACCUCACAGAGCAUGGGCUGCGGGGCUGUAACGCUGCAGUGCAGACAAUCGGGCUCAGGCGGCAGCCCAAGCUCUGGGACCCAGCAAGUGGGGACAGUCCCAGUGCCUGGGCUCCAGCCUCAGCCCGGCAAAGCAGAGUCAGCUGGCAUGGGCCAGCCAUACGUGUUUAAUUGCAGACAUACCUCUGAAAGCCUCUCCCUCUGUGACCUGUAGCCCUACCUGCGCUCAUCAAGAACUCUUCAGGUAAUUGUCUAAGGAUCUAGAGGCACAGCAUUCUCUCUGGCAGGCCUUUAUGUCUAAAAUUUGCUUCUGCCAAAAAAUAGCCUGAACCCAAACCUGGCCAUGUAUAGAACAUGAUGCAAGACUCAUCCUUUUACCCACCAACUGUACACUUUGAAAUCCCUCUGUUUUUCUCUGUCUCUUGAAAGUCUCAAUGAUGUGUAAUUUAUCUGUUCAUUUUAUCUGGGUUGUGUUAAGCAUGUAAAGUAUACUAAGGUGCUAUGGAGACGGAUGCCCUAUAAAUGAUUGCAAUAACAACCUAAGGAGAGGAGAGUACGAUGAUCUAUCCAGUUGUUUAUAACACACUCUUAAUAUGCUGACCUUGAGCUAACAAAACUUCCAUUGAGAUCUCUGUGUUUGCAAGCUAGAUCCAGGGCAGUAUCAUAGGUGCUGGAACAAUUUUUAAUGGGGGGCAGGGAGGGGUUUCUUAAAAGCCAUUGAACAAAACUGUAACCUCUGUAUAGGAUGGAAACCAUUUCAAACCAAGGGGGGGUGCUACUGCACCCCCACCAGGCCUAGUUCCAGCACCUAUGACAAUAUAUGGCUCAGAAAUAACGUCACAGAACUCCACUUACAAUAGGUGCACUUAAAAGUCAUUCAAUUUCCAUCUCACUGUUGAUGUUAUAUAGAACCAUUAGCAGUAUAGAAAUUAGAUGUGGCAGAAAUGUUCUUCGCUGUCAUUCUUUUCAGUGCUAUUCUCCUUUUAUGAAGCACAGCAGGGAGCAGACCUUGAAAACCUUGACUACAUGCUCUCCCUGCCCCCCCAAUUUGGCUCUAUCUCCUCUUGCUCUCUUACUAAAGGAGCUCAACUACUUGGCCCACCCCAUCUCAAGCUGCAGUCAGCGCUUUCCAUCUCCUAACAGUCUACUAACCUGUGCCAAGUAGGGAAAGUACUGAAACAAAGCCUUGGAGAUUUAAAGUUAGCCCUGUGAGGCCUUGAGGAAGCUACAGAGGCCUCUGUGUAUUUUGUCCUCUCAAAUGAUUUAAGAUAAGCCCUCUGUGGCUUUGCUAUACAAAAAAGUUUUUCAAAGUGUCCUGUGGUGGGCUUUUCCCAUAUGCUGCCAGCUGCCACAACCUGGAGCCUGAGGAUGAUGGAAUAUCCAAGCCUGAAUCAAUAAUAUCCCUUCCUAGAAUGGCUUGCUGUGUAUUCUCUGUUGCAAGGACACCACUAUGAAGAUGGAGGGCUGGGGUAGAGACUCUGAUAAUCAGAGAGUGUGGGUAAUACUGAGAUUCAGACUUUGCAUGUAUUUCAGCAAAGCCUCUCAAAAUGGCUUUCAGCUUUUCCCAUGAGCACUUGGCUCUGACAAUCACCACUUGAACCCUGAAGGCGACAAAGCAAACAGUGGGAGAUUGAAACCACAAAAUAAAGGGGCAUAGGUUACAAUUCAGUGAUGGGUGGUGAGUACAAAUAGCAAUAAUCUAAUUAAAUGGGCGUGUUCUAGAGUUUAGUGCCAAAAUUAAAGGGACCAAAUUAAAGCUUUCAUUCAGAUUUAAUAUAUUUCUUGCUGGCACCACCAAGCUGCGUAAAUGAACUCCUCGAGCAUAUCAAGGAUGUAAGUUUUCCUUCUGACUCAUCACAAUCAGCUCACACUGGCAAAACCAUUUCUUUAAGCAGAAGAACUUCAUAAGCAUCAGGUUUACACCUACUCUCACGAAAGAGCUCAGUGUCAUGGGCAGACUCGGAAGAAUGUGAUUUUUAUUUUUUUUCUACUUUUGAAAGUUAAUAUUGAUUUUUGUUUCUAAGGUGUUUUAUUUUAUGUGGUUUUAAUUUUUACAGCUGCAGGAAAUUAAGGGGGAGUUAGGUUAGGGCAGUACUGACAGAGGGUCUCUAGGGGGCUUCCUGCAUGGCCAAGGAGCCCAAGACACCCCCAAGCACAAGUUGUGGGGGAGGCUGCGGUCCUCGCAGGGCAGAUCAGAGAGGUCAGGGCCGUGAAGAGGAUGAGCCCCUGGCUGUGCGGGAGGCCACCCCCUGUCCAGGGACAGCUUCCUCACUCCCAGCUGGUGAGGGAGAGAGCGGAUCUGUGCCAGCAGCAUUGGAGAAGGCUCCCUGUGCUGCUACAGGGCCAGUGACACCCAAUCCCUGCAGGCACAGGGUGCAGGAUGGAGGCUGCACUGGCACCGACUGUUACCCAUGGAUACUUUUUUUCAUAUAUUUCAGUGUGCAGAUGAAAUUGACCUUUACCAACAUCUAUCAAUUUAAAUUGAGUCCUGCCAAGCCUACUCAGGGAUAGGACUCAUAGUCAGUAAGGUAACAUCAUGCCACAGCAGUUAGUGGGCCUGCCCACCCCAGCCCCAGGUGAUAUUCUGUUCACACUGAUAUGAUAUGAACGCUGAUAUUGACAACACCAAUGAGAAGUGCAUGCAUGUGUCUCAGUCGGAGUUGGGCAAGCUGCUCUGUGCCAGCACUAGGUCUCAAGUGAGAGGACAGUGCAAAUGCACAGCAAGGCAAUGCACCAAGCACAGGUUAACAUACAUCAGUGCAAUGGAAAUUACAGGGAACUACACUCGAGGGCUGCAAAAUCCACAGCUGGACUGUCUAGAGGCAGCAGCAGUUUAGACCGGGCAACCUUCCCAGAUUCUCACCACAACAUUAGGUCAGAUGUAACAUAACACAGGCAAAUGCCGUUUCACUGGCCUUGGUCUGGCUGGUAUACACUAGGGAAUUAAUAUAGUAUUGGACAAGUACAGAGAGCAAUAGUGGCGCUUACUGGUAUGGGAAACUUUCACCACAUAAUAAGAAUGGUGUGGGUGAGUUCUUGCUGAUUUGCUUAUUCCACAGGCAGAAGAGAUUUUUUUUUAAAAUGAGGCUGUGAUGUCAUUGACAUGAACUGUGACCGUAUAGAUCACUGUUGCAACCAAGGUCCUAUAGUUGCGCCAAAUCUUGUACAAAGGGUGUCAAGUGAGCUGUCUAUGAAAAGGUUGUAAUUUGCUGGUUAUAAUUAUGCUGUCUGUCGAUGUGUAUCAUUUUUGUAUUUGAAGUUAUGAAUAUUGGCUAUGUACAUGUAGCUCAACGUGUUUGAUUCUCUGGCUGGUUUGGUGUGCCUUAGUAGUGAAGGGCCCCCGGCCUUGGGCUGUGACUGCUCUGUUCUCAGGGCCGGCUCUAGGCACCAGCGUUCCAAGCAUGUGCUUGGGGCGGCACAGCAC